ACGGAUCAGUGUGUAUUUAGCUCUCCCACGUUAGGGUCGGUGGGUGCAUACGUCUCGGGCAGUGCCGAUUCACACCGUCGUAUAAUCCACACGCAACAGCGUCGCGGUCUCCAGGACUUUUUUAAUUUUCUUCGAAAUACAAAUGAAUUAUCUCGGGAAGCUCGAACGUGCAGCGUUUUCGUGAUUGGAUUUUUACCGAUCUUGCAUUCUCGUGUGUCAAAAAGCGUGUAUAUUUAUAAGAUACAGUGGUGAAAAGUGCGUGGUUUUUAAAUCGUUUGAACGGACGUUUUAUUCCCUUUUUUCGGGGUUUCAGUGCUCUCCAUUCCCUUCACGAACGAAAACAAAUUUAUUUAUUUUCUACACGCUACAUUUACACAAUAUUCAAAAUGCGCUUCUUCGGAUCACUUCGGAUUGCGUCGGUCAUCGCGAUUGUCUUUUUAUCACUCGCUCAUUGUAUGCCGAACAAGAAUGCAAAGGACGACGAUUAUGCAGGCGACGGGGAGUACGACGAGGACGCAACGAUCGGUAACGACGAUGAUGAUCCGAGCCAGCCAGCUGAUGCUGGGCCCACUGGCCCCAUACACGUUAGAUCCAGAAAUUCGACCUUCAAAGUCCGGCCUGGCGACACCGUUGAAUUUCCUUGCCUUGUCGAUAACGCAGGUGACACAGUAAUCAGCUGGUCUCGCGAUACCGAAUUACUAUUCGUCGGCGAUGACCCUGUGAACAACGACAACCACCGAUUCAGUCAUGCUCCAAACUCGAGUCUUGUACUCCGUAACGUCGAAGAAAAAGAUGCCGAGUACGUGUAUCGUUGCCAGAUCCUCGUCCAGCCGCCGAUCGAAAUUUCUCACAAACUGCAAGUGGUCGAUCAACCGCGCGAACCCUCGAACGUUGUUCACGUUACCCCUUCGAGGCACAUCGAAGUUACCGAAGGCUUCAACACGACUUUUGGCUGCGUCACGAACAUCGAACCGAAACCCCACAUAAUCUGGUCGCACAAGGGCCAACGGCUCCACAACGGCGAAGAAAUCGGAGCAGGCGGCAAUAACAUAACGAUUAAAAAAGCGACAAGACACCACGCCGGACUGUAUCAGUGUCUGGUUGACAACGGUUCCGAGAAGUUGCCGCACGAUGCGAUCGAAGUCAUUGUCAAACAUAAACCCGUGAUCGAAGCGGAGCACGAGACGGUGCAUACCGGAACUGGAUUGAAGUCGACCUUGACCUGCAUCGUCCACGCUCACCCUCGUGCCAAAGUAACGUGGCAUAAGAACCAAAAAAUGAUCAACGAGAAAAGUGGGCGUAGAUCGUUUGUCGAUGACAAAACACGACACUCUCUCGUCAUCGAACAUAUUUCGCAGCAUGACUUUGGACAGUAUCAUUGCGUUGCUAAGAAUCAACUUGGAGAGGCGAGUCGAAUGAUCGAGCUCACAGGAACACCUUCGCGACCAAGAUUUCACGAUGGCGAAUACCAAGAAGAUCAAUGGAUCUUCCUUCCCAAAUGGCAUGUCGAAAGUUACGCACCAAUAACCGAGUACAAAUUGGAAUACCGUAGCGAAGGAGAAUCGGAAUGGAAAUCAGCCAGUCCUCGAGUCUAUAAUGGUCGAGGGAAUCAAUUCACAGCCGAGCACGCUCUCAGAGAUCUUCAACCCGGCUCGUACGAAGUCAAACUCAUGGCGAAAAACGAAUAUGGAUGGUCACAAUAUUCAGCAGUUCACACCUUCAGAAUGGAAUACGCUAUGGAGAACAAACCAGCUGGGACAACUGGAGGGAGUGCAACGACCCAGCCACUUUUCGCACUGGCUGGUUUUCUCGUGUUUCUGUUAUCGUCUUAUCAGUCAAACUACCUGUAAUUCAUUUAUUACUUUAUUCUACAUAGGUAAUUUGCUGCAGCCAAAGCGUACACCAGCAGACAUCAUGGAUACGAUGGACGUGAAACGAAAGAAUUCUGGAAAGAAAAAAACGGCCAUACUUUUCGCCGCGGAUUUUGGCGAAAACCAAAAGCUAUGAUACGAACAGCGGCAACGUUGGUUGAAAGGAAAAGUCGCAAGGAAGACCGGAUGUUCCGAAGAUAUGUGUGAGCAUAUUUUCUGGAAGAUCGUCUCGAAAAAUGGAAAAUUUCCAUCAAAAUAAUUGGUCGUGUAAGGAAUGAAAGGGCAGGAAUCAACAGCCACGUGUUUGGAUUCGAGAGUACGCGAUUUUUUUUGUGUGCUUGCCGAGGGUAACAGAAAAGAAAACUAUAAAAUACGGAGCCCUCAACUUUCUUGAACAAGAAAGUGCCUAGAAAUCCAAUGGUGUCUUUAACGUUAAACAAAUGAAAAGAAAUCUACGAGUUUAGUGAAAAAAAAAACAAAACAAAAAAGAGGGAAAUCAGAAACAAGAUUCAGAGUGAAUGUUCUGGCUCCGGGUACAAUUCCAUCGUUCAUUAGUUGUUGAUAUCGCACAGAAAAAAUAAAAAGAACGAAAUCAAAGAAAAAACAAUCAUAGGUUGCCUCAAGCUCAAAAGUUUCGUUGCCAGUAAGAAAAAGCGCUGCAAAUCAUACAUUUUGAAUAUGUUGUACAAAAUAUUUCCCGUACUUCCAUAUGCCCCACUGCUAGUCUCAUUUUUUACAUCAAUCAUUCAGCCAUAAAACCAGAAAAUAGUAGCAAAGAAAUCGGUAAUAAAAAUUAUUUUUCAAAUGAAAAAAUAUAUUCACUCAUUUUAAGAAUUUUUAUGGUUUUUUCUCUCCAUACACUUCCGGUUUCCGGGCAAAAUGCAUCGGACUAUUGAAAAACAUGAAUACAAUUCAAAGUAAUGAAAUAUUAAAUUAGUUCUACGAAUUUAAUUUUCUUAAUAUAUUACACGAAGUAAACGAAACUAUUUUCGAAACACUAAGAUUUCAAUAAGGUGCCUUCGUGAACGUGAGUGUGUUUCAUUCAUUGAUAUAUAUAUGUGAAGAAAAAGCCGAUUUAAUAUGCCCUCCUAGGUGUGCCAUUAAUUUGCUAGAGGAGUACAUAUUAUUUUAGAAUGAGGAAAAGAAAAGAACGAAAGCAUUUUUUUUACCUCUAGGAAGAGUUUAACAUUUAAGAAAACCAUACACGUACAUUAAAGUAUAUUUAUGUAUACAUAUUAUUAUUAUUAUUAUUAUUAUUAAUAUUAUUAUAUAUAAAAAAAACUUGUAUAACAUAAUAGUAUUCAUUUGUAUAUGAAUUAAGUCAAGAGAUACGCGAUCGUUAUUAUAAUUUAUUUUUGUAUGCUUAAGAGAAAGAAAAAUCUUGUAUGUAUUGGGCAAAAGUGACAGAUUCGGUCCUGGAAUGUGUCAGGAGCGAGGUCUUCAUUACGUAUUUUUCACGAAAGCUUGUGUCGGGGUAAAAACAAUACCGAGUCUCUUGAUACGAUUUUGUCGUCUGCAAGUGCAACAGAAUUUGAUAAGCUUUUAGUCAAACGUGAUGAUUUUUGGACCGUUAUUCGCAGGUACUGUCGAAUAAAUCGUCAAAAUUAUUUAAAGCCUCGAAAGACACAAAAAAUAUCAUAAAUUGAAACGUAAAUGAAGGUACUCAAUUUGACCUAUUGAAAAAACGUCUCGAAGCAUUUUAAUGAUAUUUUUUAUUUCUUGGAAGAAUAGAAGACACACAUGGUUCUCUCCGUACGAUGUUACUUCACUCUUUCGGUUGAACGUGUUUCUUCGCACGCUUUUCAAUCAUCGUUCUUGGUUAAAACUAUUUUUAACGUUUUUUUUCUCUUCGUGUUUGAGGGAAGGGAAAUUAUAAUUUUAUUUUUUUUUGCCCGUACAACGAUCGUACUGGCUGUCCGGAUUUUAGCGAAUAAAGAAUAAGUGAACAAUGA